AUGAGAUAUAAACCAGUUAAUUUAGAGUUGCCUUACUACGAGUAUGAGGAAUUUAAGUUUGACGAAAACAUCAGUGAAGCCGAAUGUAAAGCAGAGUUUAGGUUUGAAAGAGGAGAUAUCGAACGUCUCGCUGAUGUUCUUCAAUUACCGCCCACCUUUACGUGUCCACAAGGCAGUGUUUGCUACCGAAUAGAGGGUCUUUGCAUACUUCUUCGUCGCCUCGCAUAUCCAUGUCGUUACAGUGACACGGUCAGCAGAUUUGCAAAACCAGUUCCUGUUUUGUGUAUGGUAUCGAACAUAGUGCUCAACUAUAUCUUCGAUCUGCAUCAUCACAGAAUCACAACCUGGAAUAAUUCCAUCUUGAAUCCAUUUGCUAUCCAACAAUACUCUGAUGCUGUGUCUGACAAGGGUGCUGCCCUUAACAACUGGUUUGGGUUUGUGGAUGGAACUGUCCGCCCGAUUUGCAGGCUGGGGGAACACCAAUGGCUUGUUUAUAACGGGCAAGUGCUCUUCCUAAUGGGCUUAUUGGACAUUUGUUCGGUCCUGUAG